UCAGCUACCCACCUUUAGAAGCAAAAUGCUAGUUUCAAUCUUUUUCCUGUAGAACUUGACGUUGACUAAUUUCUCCGUGAACUUUUCGAGCCAUUAUCCUCCCAGGCUUACGCGGUUUCAGCUCCUCUGUUAAUCUUUAAGAAAAACAUACAUUUCAUAGUGUUUAUUACAGGUCUAUUCGUUUCCUGCAUUUGUUGAUAACUCAGUAAGUAUGAAGACCCACAAGGCGGAAAUGGGAACUAACAGUGCACUACCAUACAUGCUCUUCGCUCUUACUGUAAUAACUAUAGUUCACAACUGUGACAAGUGCACUGCUGGUAGGGGAGAUACUCUUUCCUUGGGUGAUUCCUUAACAGGAAAUCAGAAAAUAAUUUCAAAGAAUGGAACAUUUGAAAUGGGAUUCUUCAAUCCAGAUGGAACGGAUAACUGGUACAUUGGUAUCUGGUAUGGUAAAGUGGCAGAGAGGACGAUUGUUUGGGUUGCUAACAGAGACAGACCCGCAAAGAAGAGGCCCGGCGUUUUGAUGCUGUCCAGACAAGGUAGUAUGGGACUGUUUGACGCAGAGAAUGUGUCCCUUUGGUCGGCCAACAUCUCGGACAAGGCUUCCCGGGCUGUGAUAUUAGAAUCUGGGAACUUUUUAAUGGUGAGCGAUGGCAAUAAAUCUGAGACUGUUUGGCAGAGUUUCGACCAUCCCGUGGAUACCUGGUUGCCUGAGAUGAAGGUCGGCGGAAGGAAAGAGUUAGUCUGUUGGAAGAACUCGUUGGAUCCAGCUCCGGGGCUUUUUUCUAAAGGGAUAGAUCCAUCAGGGAUAAGACAGUUUGUGCUAAUAUGGAACAAUUCUGUACAGUAUUGGGAGAGCGGCGUUUGGGAUGGUGAAGGUUUCAGUCGAAUUCCGGAAAUGAAAUUGAACGACUUGUUCAAUUACAAGGCUGAAAAUACUACUUCUGGUUUCUAUAUCAGUUAUGAAUUGAGGCCUCCUGUCAAUGUGCUCAUACGUUUCGUCCUUCAGAAAUCCGGAGUAUUGCAAUUAUAUGCUUUGUUUGAUAACACUAAUUGGAGUGUUGUCUGGUCUCAACCAACAGAUGAAUGCAGCGUAUAUAGUAUCUGUGGCGCUAACGGAAACUGCAACUCCAACAAUGUACAGUUUUGUAGUUGCGUGGAAGGUUUUAUGCCCAGAGACAAUCGCUCCUGGAAUUUGCAAUAUUGGUCGUCAAGUGGUUGUGUUCGAAAGAACCCCUUAAACUGCGAUCCCAAAAAUGGUAGCUCUGACAGAUUCAUGGGCUACAGCGUAAUGUUGCCUGUUAAUCAGGCCUUUAAAUACCCUGCAAGGUCAAAUGAAGAUUGCGAGAAGGCGUGCCUCAAGAACUGCUCCUGCAAUGCGUUUUCUUUCAUUGGACCUUCAGGAACAUGCCAAACAUGGUCCGGGAAUCUGAUAAAUAUGCACACUUCUCCAUCCAAAAGCAGUUCAGAUGUCUUCAUUCGAUUAGCUGCCUCUCCACUUUCGAAGUUCGAUCAUAAACUGUCCUCCUCCAGACGCAAAACAGCUGUAAGUAUUAUGGGCGCAGUCCUUGCCAUUGUUAGUACUCUCACAAUUGCUAUCUGUGUCUUUUCAUUUUCAAUGUGGCGGAGCCAGCGGCUACUAUUGAUGCAGAUGCGUGCAGAUUCUUCGAACUCGUUUCUUAGAGUGUUUAGUUAUAAGGAGUUGAAGAUUGCAACUAGGAAUUUCGGGUCUGAGUUGGGGAGCGGUGGUUUUGGUUCGGUGUUCAAAGGAACCCUAACAGACGGCACGCUUGUAGCUGUAAAGAAACUGGAUGAUUCAAGAGAAGACGAGAAGCAAUUCAGAGCAGAAAUCAGUUCUCUUGGAAAUAUACAUGAUGUGAAUUUGGUAAGGCUUAGAGGAUUUUGUGCAGAGGGAUCACAAAGGCUACUGGCUUAUGAUUACAUGCCCAAUGGCUCUCUGAAUUCUUUACUGUUCAGUAGCAACAACCAAAGCAAGCGGAAGUUACUCGACUGGAAAACCCGAUUUCAGAUAGCCCUAGGAAUUGCAAGAGGCUUAUUUUAUCUACACGAAAAGUGCAGAGAGUGCAUUAUUCACAAUGAUGUUAAGCCUGAAAAUAUUCUCCUGGACAGCGAAUUUUCCCCAAAGCUGGCUGAUUUUGGGAUGGCAAAGCUUGUGGGUAGAGAUUUCAGCCGCGUCCUGACCACAAUGAGAGGAACGAGAGGUUACUUGGCUCCAGAGUGGCUCUGGGGUCUUCCCAUCACUCCCAAGGUUGAUGUGUAUAGUUAUGGUAAGACUCUCUUAGAAAUCAUUUCGGGCCGAAGAAAUCUGGACACGAGCGUUCAAGAUUCAAAAAAGCAUUACUUUCCUACAUGGGCCGCAGCACAAAUUUAUCAGGGCAACAUAAUUGAUAUCGUCGAGGAGGGCGUUGAACUUGCUGAGGCGGAUAUAGAAGAGGCGAGAAGAGCUAUUGUUGUUGGUUUGCUAUGCAUUGAAGAGGAUGAGAAUGUGAGGCCAAGAAUCGGGCAAGUGGUGCGGAUGCUGGAAGGGAAGAUGGAGCUUCCAAGUCCGCAGACACCGAGCGAUAGCGAUGGUGAUGUUGUUGCUUGCAAUAAUCCAAGUGAGGAUGCAUUAUAAAGUAGUGUAGGACCGAGGCUACAACUUUUUUCAUGUGAGUCUUUUCUAUCGCCUUUAGUGGAAUCUAACGAUUAUACUAGUGAGAUUUACAUGCGAUACUUUAUUUCAGUCCCACCAUGACAAAUUUAAUAUAUUUGUUUACCUUUUCAA